AAUUGCACUAGCUGGCCUCUUUGCUCAGCAGCAAUCCAGGCAGAGCUGGCUGGUUUGGUACAAUCCGGAAGGCUGCUGUAUUAACAGAACAAAAAAGCACAAGGAAGAGCCUGGUGGCUGUAUAAAACUCCCUCCGAGCUCCAAUCCCUGCAGAAGUUCACUGGCCUCAGCAAUCAGCAUGACCAGCCAGUCUCAGGGAAUCCAGCAGCUUUUGCAGGCAGAAAAACGUGCCAAGGACAAACUGGAGGAAGCCAAAAAAAGAAAGGGAAAGAGGCUGAAGCAGGCCAAAGAAGAAGCCAUAGCUGAGAUAGACCACUACCGGUUACAGAGGGAGAAGGAAUUUAGGAACAAGCAAACAAAUGUAAUGGGCUCCCAAGGUAACCUCUCUGCUAAAAUAGAAGAGCAAACAACUGAAACCGUCCGAAACCUCACUAGCAGCUACCACAGGAACAUGGAGAGCAUGAUGAAAAAGCUUUUGAACACGAUAUGUGACAUCAACCCUGAAGUUCACCCAAACUUCAGACAUGCAGUUUAAGAUCCAUUGAUGUGCUGGGGAAGGAUAUUUGUUAAAAGUAACCUUCUUUCUUGAUAAGCAUAAAUAUUUCCUCAUUUAUUUUUUCUCACACAUACAGAAACAAAAAACACUAAAGACAAAAGCACAAAAUAGGCUUUUGAUGUGACAAGAAUUAUACAGGGUUUCACAAGCAUUUGUUGGAAUAUUGUUUCCUGUUGGUAGCUAAGCCCCUGUCAUUUAGAUGGGGGCAAGUCAACAACAGUAGAAUAAAUGGUUAUUUGAAACCA